UCGAGGUGGUACUAACCAUACAAAGAAGUUUUACUUCUUCUCGGUAUGAAUUUUAUACGCAUAUAUUAUAUUCGUUGUAAUUAGCCGAAUUUAACAACAAUUAAUUAUCGUACAUGUACAUACACCAGUUCAUAUAGUGUUAUUAUUCUAACAUAUAUAUUCCUUAAGUAGAAUUUUUCUUAAUGUUAUAAAAAAGUGAAUUACAGUGUUUCCUUUUCUUUAAUAUAUAUUUUGUUUUCAUACAAAAUCGAAGAUCGAACUCGGGAAAAGAUCAAAAUAUUAAUACGAUCAAUAAUUAAAUUAUUUGCUUAUAAUUAUUAAUAUAAAAAGAAACUAUUUCGAAAUCUCUUAUCGUAAAACUAAAAUGGAUUCAGAAGAAGAGAUAUUACAGAUGCAUUUAUUACGUGAAUACAAUCAACCUGUUGCAGGAAUACAAAUACUGUACAAACUUUUAAUGGAGAGUUUACGAGUAAAUGAUUUAAGAACCUUUAAAAAUCUUCUUGGGCAAACUUCGAAAAAGCAACAAUCAAUCGUCAACGUGAAUUACGUUUAUCCAAAUCGUUCAGAAGAAACUUUAUUAGAUGUUGCAUGUAAAAGUGGGCGAGCAGAGUUCGUUGAAUUAUUAUUAGAAAACGGUGCAAAUCCGAAUAGAGUUAACGAGGCUCAUAAUCGUUCACCUAUUCAUUUCGCCGUUGAAAAUGGACACGUAACUACGUUGAAAGUAUUAUUAAGUAACCGUAUGAUCAAUCCAAAUAUAGAAGCUGCUCAACAAACGGCACUUCAUAUGGCUGUUAAAAAAAAUCAUUUAGAAUGUGCCGAAUUACUUCUUGAGAAUGGUGCAAGUCCAAACAUCCCUAAUAACAAAGGUCUUACAGCCCUUCACUUGGCUGCUAUGAAAGGUCAAAGAGAUAUGGUCAAUGUGAUACAACAAAAGAGCAAACAAUCUCUUGAUUUGGAUAGUUAUAAAGAUUACAAUGGUCAAAUGACUCGUGAAGUUUUGAAGAAACAAUUACCUGACAUGAUAUUACCACCAGCAAGAACAAGAGAUCUUUCGGUUCACAAUCUUCGAUAUUUUCUCAAUGCAAAUGAUGAAAUCAAUUUCUUAAGAUAUCUAGAAAAAUUUAAUAACGAUUCUUUAAUUAAUGAUAUCAAUGAGUUACUAGAAAUGGCAACCGAACGUAAUUUUUACAGAAUCGUUAAAGAAUUACUUGAUAGAACGCAUGGAGAUACACUUGACUUGUCGAAAGCAGCUAUUAUAGCCAUACAACAAGCUAAUUGCGAUAUUUUACGUGAAUUACUAAAACACGAUAGCGAACUUGCUAAUGAACUUAUUAUCGAUGCUUGUUUAGAACUUGGAAUGCCUGAGAAACAGCGAUCGGACGUGACUGAUCGUCUAAAAUGUUUGAAAUUGAUUCUUGAUCAAGAUAAUAUCGAUGUCCGUUGUACGGACAACAAAGGAAAUACACCGUUGCAUUAUGCAGCAAGAGCAGGUUCUCGCGAAGCAGUGAGUUUAUUAUUAGAAAAAGGAAGUUACAUAGGACAUAUGAAUAAAUUCAAUGUACCACCGAUUGCUGACAUUCCAUUAAACACUUUAGUCGAAUAUUUCGACGAUUGCCUUCAAACAAGAAAGGAACGUACGAAUGAGUAUACUAUCGAGUUUAAUUAUCGAUGUUUAAUGCCCCACGAUACAUCUCACAUGCGCGAUCGAAGUGCGAAAAGUUCUUACGUUUCUCCCAAAUAUUGCGAGAUGGAUACGUUUCGAUAUAUGUCUGAAAAUAGUGCGUUAAAAUAUCUUCUAAAACAUCCACUUUUAUCGUCCUUUUUGCAUCUUAAAUGGUAUAGGAUACGACAUCUCUUUUAUCUUAAUUUUGCUUUUUACGUAAUAUUUUACAUAUUACUCAAUACAUACAUUUUACGUAUGACAUAUGGUAUAACAUCUAAUGAAACCGACACAAAACUAAACGAAAGCAAUGACAAAGAGUUGAAAUAUAUCGUGUACACUGGAUGGCAAAGAGGGGAUCUAUUAUGGGUCAUGACAUCAGUAGCCUUGUUUUUUCUUGCCAUCAGAGAGAUCAUACAAUUAGUUUCUUCACCUUGUUACUAUAUAUCUAGUUUAGAAAACUGGUUAGAAAUGAUCCUGAUCAUUUUAGGUUCAUGUUUAUUAAAUGGGGCUGGUCCGGAAGUCGGAGCAGUGGCUAUAUUAGUAUCAGCGUGGGAAGUUGUUAUUCUAAUUGGACAAUAUCCAAGAAUGUCUACAGGUAUUCAAAUGUUCAAGACAGUAUCAUGGAACUUCAUGCGUUUUCUAUUUCUUUAUGCUUUUCUUAUCUUAGCCUUUGCUCUUGCGUUCUUUACUCUCUUUAAGGACGGUGGCGAUGAAAAUUUUCCCGAUCCAGGACAUUCACUUUUCAAAACUAUAAUUAUGCUUACCGGAGAGUUCGAUGCCGAUGAUAUACCCUUCAUGUCGCAUCCAGUACUCAGUCGUUUUGUUUUCGUAUUAUUUGUAUUUUUAAUAGCCAUCGUAUUGUUUAAUCUGCUAAAUGGUUUAGCAGUUAGCGAUACUGCCGACAUUCUUGGAAAGGCUGAACUUAUCGGCUUGAUUUCCAGAAUACGUCUCAUUUCUUAUAUCGAAAAUGUUGCUACAGGCGCACCUUUUUUACGUAAAUCACGAUUUUUAUCUGGCAUAAGUUCAUAUACAUGUAAUCCAUUAGGUUUCCUCGUAAAAAGAAUUUUUUUGUUUCCUAAUUAUUUAAAGGAUGGAAAACUUAUUGUUAAAUCUCAUGAUAAUUUUGAAGUUUGUUGUCCCGAUAAUUGUUAUGGAAAAUGUUUAUCUCCUAAUGUUUCUAAUACGGAUUCACCUAUUUUAAGGAUAGAUUCGUAUGUCGUUAAAAAGGCUAAGGAAAUUUUAUUGCGUAAGAAACAGAUAUCGGAAAAUGAAAAAGUAUUCGCUAUGUUAGAACAAAUGGCAGAAAAAUUGGCUACAAUCGAAUCGACACUAAAUAUAGUUAAAUGUGCAAUGGAAAAUAAUAAUCUUAAUAUAGAAAUACAAGAUUCAGUUCAAGAGUCAAUGUAAAAAAUUCGAUUGUUGAUAAGAAUGUAAUUGAUAACAAAAAAUUAUAAUUGUUUAUAAUACUCUUAGAAAUGUGCCAUUUAAAUAUUGAUGACACCGUCGUUAACAAUGAAAUACACAUACGCGCGCGCACGCACGCACGCACGAACACACACUUCAUUGUUAACGAAUUCUAUUCUGUAAGCUAAAAAUCAAAAUAACAUGUUUUGUAUUAGAUAUAUAUACAGUACUCUUGUUGUUCUCAUACAAAUAUGUAUUAGAAAAGUAUAUUUUUUUUACACUUUGA